AUGAAUCGUUUAAUCAUACCACUUAAAUUUACUUUUAAACUAUUUGUCGUACAAAACAAUUUUCGAAACGCAAAUGGUUCGAUGUUAAGCGAAACAAGACAUGAAGUAUAUGAAUAGACCUCAUAUACAACGUAUUUUUUUGUCCUACGGUUUCGAGGUCCUAGAAUCUCCUUACCAUUUUCAUGUCAUAUUUUGUCGUACUGAUUUAAGCAGACUAGAGUUUUUUAUUUCCAAGUUAUCAUUUCAUGUGAAACGCGCGAUUACAGCGUUAAUGGUGAAGUAUGCAAUACACUUCCUACGAUUCUCGAACAUAAUCGAUAUUUCUCAGAAUCGAUUUCCAGGCGGGAAGAAUGGCAGACAGAAGUACAACUAUAAAGAAGAAAAAAGAAAAUCACCCAGAAAGAAAUAUCAUCCAGAAGUUCUUAGAUCACGGACCACAAAAUCCCACAAGAUGCUUGUCUAUUCAUAUAUCUUGUCUGUGGUAGUAUUGAAAUAUGUCCACAUGGUUUGCAUUGUUUUGAAUUGGAUUUGAUAAUUAAAACCUCAGCAAUCAUCUGCAUUAUUCUUUCAAUAUAAUACACAAUUGGGACCUCCUUACCAUGUUUUGAUAGACACAAAUUUUGUAAAUUUCUCAAUCAAAAACAAAUUAGAUAUUAUAGAAAAUAUGAUGGAAUGUCUCUAUGCUAAGUGCACUCCAUACAUAACGGAUUGCGUGAUGGGCGAAAUGGAGAAAUUAGGUCAGAAAUAUAAAAUAGCUCUAAAGAUUAUGAAAGAUCCUAGAUUUGAAAGGUUAAACUGCAUGCACAAAGGCACUUAUGCAGAUGACUGUAUCGUCAAUAGAGUGACUCAACACAAAUGCUACAUCGUAGCAACCAACGACAAAGAUUUAAAGAGGAGAAUACGAAAAAUACCUGGUGUGCCUAUAAUGUAUGUUUCUCAGCAUAGGUAUACUAUAGAGAGAAUGCCAGAUGCGUAUGGAGCACCUAAAAAAUAAUCACACCUUUAGUAUUAGAAUUUUUUAUUGUACAGAUUUAUAUAUAUAUAUAUACAAUAAAAUCUGCAUAUUUUAUUUUAUAAUUUUAUAUUAUAAUAAUCUUAUAUUUUGCUAAUUGAUAUGUUACGAAAGAAAUUU